CAAACAAAAAAAAUAAAAGAAAAAAAAACUGAAAGAACAAAAGAACAGGUACACGUUGGUGUGUAGACUUAACAAAAAGGCCCCAUCGGCAUCACGCCCCCGCCGUCGUCCCCUCCCUUCCCUUCUCCUCCGUCACUGCACUGCAACCACCAUCCAUGGAGGCGGGAGAAAUCGGCGGCGCCGCCGUCUUCGCGCUCGCCGCCGCCGCCGCCCUCGCCGCCGCGGUCUCCCUCGGCGCCGUCGACUUCACCCACCCCUUCGCUGUUGGUGCCGGCGCGGGGGCGUUCGAGUGGGACGGGGUGAUUCCGUGGCUGAUCGGGGUGUUCGGCGUCGGCGGGCGCUCCGCCGCGGCGGAGGAGGCGGGGGGCGUGCUGUCGCUGGGGAUGGCGUACGAGCUGUGGGUGCGGGUGCGCGGCGGGGUGAUCGCGCCGACGCUGCAGGUGGCGGUGUGGGUGUGCAUGGUGAUGUCGGUGAUGCUGGUGGUGGAGGCCACGUACAACAGCGCGGUCAGCCUCGGGGUCAAGGCCAUCGGGUGGCGGCCGGAGUGGAGGUUCAAGUGGGAGCCCCUCGCCGGCGCCGAUGAGGAGAAGGGGAGCGGGGAAUAUCCCAUGGUCAUGGUCCAGAUACCCAUGUACAAUGAGCUGGAGGUGUACAAGCUGUCAAUUGGAGCAGCAUGUGAGCUCAACUGGCCAAAGGAUAGGAUAAUUGUCCAGGUGCUCGAUGAUUCCACCGAUCCAUUUAUCAAGAAUUUGGUGGAGCUUGAAUGUGAGAGUUGGACAAGCAAAGGUGUAAACAUCAAGUAUGCCAUAAGAAGCAGCCGCAAGGGGUUUAAGGCAGGAGCCCUGAAGAAAGGAAUGGAAUGCGACUAUGCCAAGCAGUGCGAAUAUAUUGCCAUAUUUGACGCCGAUUUCCAGCCUGAACCAGAUUUCCUGCUCCGAACUGUUCCAUUCCUCAUGCACAACCCAAAUGUCGCCCUUGUUCAAGCUCGGUGGGCCUUCGUGAAUCACACCACAAGCCUGUUGACAAGGGUACAGAAGAUGUUUUUUGAUUACCACUUCAAGGUUGAGCAGGAAGCUGGAUCAGCAACCUUUGCCUUCUUCAGCUUUAAUGGAACUGCUGGAGUGUGGCGCACAGCAGCCAUCAAUGAGGCAGGAGGCUGGAAGGACCGCACUACAGUUGAAGACAUGGACUUGGCAGUUCGAGCAUCCCUAAAGGGCUGGAAAUUUAUCUAUGUUGGGGAUAUCAGAGUUAAGAGCGAACUGCCAUCCACUUAUGGAGCCUACUGUCGACAGCAAUUUCGGUGGGCCUGCGGUGGUGCAAACUUAUUCAGGAAAAUAGCAGUGGAUGUUUUGGUGGCCAAGGAUGUAUCACUCCUCAAGAAGUUCUAUAUGCUCUAUAGCUUCUUUUUGGUGCGGAGAGUUGUAGCCCCUACCGUUGCCUGCAUUCUUUACAACAUCAUAGUCCCUAUAUCAGUCAUGAUACCAGAGCUAUUCAUACCAAUCUGGGGUGUUGCCUACAUUCCUAUGGCGCUUCUGAUUAUCACAGCUAUAAGAAAUCCAAGAAAUCUACACAUAAUGCCAUUUUGGAUUUUAUUUGAGAGUGUGAUGACCUUGCUUCGCAUGAGAGCUGCACUGACUGGCCUACUGGAAUUAUCUGGGUUUAACCAGUGGAUUGUGACAAAGAAGGUAGGGAGCAAUUUUGAGGGCACUGAUGCUCCUUUACUUCAAAAAAACCGGAAGAGGUUAAGAGAUAGAAUUAAUUUUCCUGAGAUUGUAUUUUCGGUGUUCCUCAUCUUCUGUGCGUCGUAUAACCUCAUCUUCCAUGGGAAAACUAGCUACUAUUUUAACCUCUAUCUCCAAGGAUUGGCAUUUUUACUUCUAGGGUUCAACUUCACUGGCAAUUUUGCCUGCUGCCAUUGACAAGGACAACACUUUAUUGUAUGAAGCUGUGUUGCAGUUCUUUUCCGGAUACAAAUUCUUCAGACGACGUUUCAGAUCUGUGCUCUAACACCAGUUCCAGUUUGUCCGUAUGUGCUGUAAUCCAAUGCCAUCAGUGAUCUGUCAUUUACUCCAGACUACAGUUAACACCAAACACAAUUUGUCAUGUACUCCAGGCUAGUUAACACGAAACACAAUUUGUUGAUUUUUGUGGGCUUGUUGCUUGGGCGACUGAACUCAUUGUUCUAGUACGGAGUACGCAUAAUAUGGUCUCAUGAUCUAUUUUGCCCUUUUAAUGCCGACUAAUAUGGGAGUUAGCACUAUUUUUUGGGGGGGUCAAGACAUGGCUAAAACCUAGCCAUACUCAUGGGUACUGGUCAGGUCAAAUAUUUAGC